AUGAGAAGAAGCCCGUCCAGAUCAAAUAACAACUUUGCAGUACCGAAUUGCUCAACUAAUUCUAACUCUAGUCAGCAACAAUUAACUACACCUUCAGAUGAUCUCAACAGUAACGAACCUAAUGACCCAGAUGAUAGUAGGUCUCUACCUACUAUCAAGAAAUUCAAUAAUAAACAUUCUAUAAACAAUUACAACAAUACUUUAGCAUCGACCGCGAAGAACAACAACAAUAAACGAACUAGCAAUGAUAAUAUACUCAUUCCAGGCGAAAAUGCACAUAAACAGAAAAUAUAUACCAAAGAUGGUACCUUGAAGAGCUUGUACCUAGAUAUCGAUGUUUCAGUCGCGAAGGAUUUGUCAUCAUCUACAACUGCCCCGAAAUUGAUCAAUACCUCAAGAACUUCCUCCACCACAACUGCCACUACUUCAAAUAAUAUCUUGACAUCACCCUCUUAUCGCGAGUCAAAUUGUUCUUCUCCAUCAUCAUAUUCCUUUUCCUCGUACUAUUCAUCCGCCACAUCUGCUUCUUCAUCAACGUCAUCAUUUUUGAAAUCAUCUGGGUUAUCAUCCAGAGUUAAGUCACCUUCAUCUUCUGUGAAAGCAAGCUCGUUUGGGGUGCCUUCGUUUCCAACAUCUGGGAUACCCAAUCCCAAUAGCAGCAAGAAGCCUAUAUUUUUGAGACGGUAUUCACAUGACGCUUCUUCUAAUGAAGGUCUUGAUAUUGACAUUGCAAUUGAAAAACUACUACAAGCUGGUGAAUCAAGAGAUAUCACCAAGAAUUCUAAAAAAAAAUUUCCAUUCCAUUCUUGGGAAAUUCAGCUUAUCUGCUACCAUGCCAGGGAAAUUUUUUUGAAUCAGCCUACUUUAUUAAGGUUACAAGCACCUAUCAAAAUUGUAGGUGAUGUUCAUGGACAAUUUAAUGACCUACUGCGAAUUUUAAAGUUAUCUGGUGUACCAUCAGAUACGAAUUAUUUGUUUCUUGGUGAUUAUGUUGACCGAGGUAAGAACUCAUUGGAAACCAUUCUGCUGUUAUUAUGUUAUAAGAUAAAGUAUAGAGACAACUUUUUUAUGUUAAGAGGUAACCACGAAUCCGCUAAUGUUACAAAGAUGUACGGUUUCUAUGAUGAAUGCAAAAGACGAUUGAAUUCGAAAGUAUGGAAAAUGUUUGUUGAUGUGUUCAAUACCUUGCCACUAGCAGCCAUUAUCCAAGACAAAAUCUUUUGCGUUCAUGGAGGUAUAUCACCUGAUUUAGAGGAUAUGAAACAGAUUGAAAAAGUUGUAAGACCAACGGAUAUACCCGAAAGUGGAUUAGUUACAGAUUUGUUAUGGAGUGAUCCAGACCCUCAGGUUUCUGAUUGGUCAGACAAUGACCGUGGUGUUUCGUACACUUUUUCUAAAAGGAAUGUCCUUGAUUUCUGUGCCAAGUUUAAAUUCGACUUAGUAAUUAGAGGACAUAUGGUUGUGGAAGAUGGGUAUGAAUUUUUUGCUAAGAAAAAGUUCGUAACAAUCUUUUCAGCGCCCAAUUACUGUGGGGAGUUUCAAAAUUGGGGGGCAGUAAUGAGCGUUACGACAGGUAUGAUGUGUAGCUUUGAACUAUUGAAGCCGCGCGCAUUGAAAAAUAAAAAGAAAUCAAGCAAAACUUAA